AUGGCGGGCUUGUCGCGGCAGGGUAGCGCCAAUAGACAGGUGACCGAUGCUGACAAGCCCCCGCCGCAUAGGACCCGCCGUGUCUCCUUCGACGACGAAUCCACCAACAAAAGCAAAAACAGAAGCAAAAAUGGAAAGGCUAGCGACUUGGAGGCCCCGGAUUUUCGCGACAAGGCCGGGCGAUCGUGUAUGUUUAUGAUUUGUGCAUGGACAUGUAUCAUUAUUUUCACAAUACUCAUAGUCCUCCUCUUUGUUGGAAUAUCAUAUUUGGCAUUCCUCCAAUCAGGAAUGCCAAGCAUAUGCAUUAGGCAACUUAACAUAACGAAAUUACAACUUGACCAUCACGACAAAUUAUCUACAACUGUAUUUUUGCUUUUGAGGAUUUCAAACAAAAACGAGAAGCUUACAUUGUUGUAUAGCCCUCUUGAUGUUCUUGUCAACAGCCAAGGCAUCAAAUUAGGCGAAGAUCGUAUCGAUAAAUUCUCUCAGAAACCUCAAAAUGACACAGAUUACCAUAUAAAGAUGGAAAAUAAGAAUGCUGACGUGGACAGACAUGCCGUCGAAGAAUUAAACUCUGAUAUUCAAGCUAAGGAAGUGAUGUAUGAUAUAUUUGUUGGCGGAAAAAUUGGUUUAAAGUUGGGGGGUUUGGAAAUGGCUAAUGUCCCAUUCUUGGCUUCUUGUCGUCAUAUCAAACAAUCCGAUGUGAAUUUGGGAAAAAGACCUGAGUGUGACGUCCGAAUGUUUGGUUUCAGGUAA